UGGACACGUCGACGUAGCGGACAGAAACCGGAAAUCUGUUUACCGAAAGAGUACAUUCGUUUUGAAUUAUGGAGACAUUAUACGGUAUACCUUUCGCAGUGUUGGAAUGUCCAAAUAUAAAACUCAAAAAGCCGUCAUGGUUGCACAUGCCCUCUGCUAUGACAGUCUAUGCAAUCGUUAUUGUAUCGUACUUUCUCAUUACUGGAGGCAUCAUCUACGAUGUCAUUGUGGAACCACCUAGUGUGGGUUCAAUGACUGAUGAACAUGGGCACCAGCGGCCUGUUGCGUUUUUGGCAUACAGAGUGAAUGGCCAGUACAUCAUGGAAGGGUUGGCCUCCAGUUUCCUCUUCACUAUGGGAGGCUUGGGCUUCAUAAUCCUGGAUCGCUCCAAUGCCCCAAACAUCCCUAAACUCAACCGCUUCCUCCUGCUGUUCAUUGGUUUUGUAAGCGUCCUGCUCAGCUUCUUCAUGGCCAGGGUGUUCAUGAGAAUGAAACUGCCUGGGUACCUCAUGGGUUAAAGAUGGACACAACAUAUUCCAAAGAUGAAGAAAGAAGUGCAAAGACAUGUAUAACUUGCACAAUCACUGAUUAUGUAAUGCUUCAAUUGAUUUGAGCCAGCCUAAGCAUUCAACACAAAUUUAAAUUGCGAAUUUAGAAUUGACAGUAACAUCCUUCUUUGACCAUGUUUGAGUGAUGUAUUAAAGGCCAGUGCUGUCAAAAAUGAGAUUUCCUGUGUUUUAUAUAUUUCCCGAGGUUUUAAUAAUAAAUAAAUAUAAUGUGAAAAUGAUAAUUGGUGGGAUGGGGUUUUUGCCUGCCUGGUGACAUUACCAGGCGGUAUGAUAAUACAAGCUUUCCCAAACUCUGUCCUGGGGCCCCCCCGGGUACACAUUUAGUUUUCUGCUUUCGCACUGCACAGCUGAUUCAAAUAAUCAAAGCUUGAUGAUCAGUAAGUCAUUUGAAUCAGCUGUUUAGUGCUAGGGCAAAAACCAAAACGUGCACCCGGGACAGAGUUUGGGAAACACUGAGUUAAUAGACCAAUAGCAUAGCUCAUUGAAAGCAGCAGCUCUAGCCUUUAGCUCAGUGUGGUUGUGGCCUGUAAUCCAUGGCUUAUGGUUGUGGUAUGUACGUACGGUCACUGUGGGGACCACGUCAUCGAUGCACUUAUUGAUGAAGCCAAUUUUUAUUUUACCUUUUAUUUACAGUAUAUACAGUAUAUGCAUUUGUUAUUGUUUUUCUUUUGCAGAAAUGAGCAUUCAGCAUCGUGGUAAAAUGCAUCUUAAUUUGUAUCAGCAUCUUUCUGUUCAGAGGUUAAAAACAUCCAUAAUGCAACCAUUCACAUCACUGCAACAGAUGGUUAUUUGAUUAUUUUAUAAAUUAUUACCAAAGAUUAUACAAUUUGUGGUAGUAUUAAAUCCAAACUGAAUUCAUCCUAGUGAAACAGCCUGAAUUCUGUUUGGAUCACAGGGUAGCAGUGCAUGUUGAAGUAAGUAUAUAGAGAAGAGUAACUUUGGCUGGAUGUCCAAAAAGUAGUGCUCUUUCUCUCUCACCGCUCAAAUUGAGAGCAGCACAGGACCAGCAACAGAUCUGUGUAGAAGUUGCCACUAAUAGCAAUGGUUUACCCUACCCAAAAUUUAGUCAGCCAAUCAAUAAUGGGAACAACCGCAAUGUGUAGUAAUAAAAAACGUCAGUUGGAGUUACAUUUACCACUUUCUUUUUCACAGAAAAAAAUAUGUAAACAACACAACAAAGAUGUUCUUUGAUGAUAUGCCCAUCGAAAAGGUCUGUAUUUUGAGAGCAAGUACUUAAGCAUGAACAACUCACAUCCAAUGUGCGAUCUUACUCAGGUUUAACCUCAUUCCAAAUUAACUCUUGGCAGAGGUGUAUGAUGUAUUUUGUACAAGGAUAAUCAGUGUCACCUAACUGGUAACUUGUGUAAACAAAACCAACCAACCAAUCGCAAAUGACCAUUGACUGUGAUGCUUCAUAGAAACCUCCAAAUAGUUAAGUAAAUAAUUUAUGUACUGUCAGGAGUGGAAAUUCAAUAUAUGUUUGACCAAAUAAGGGCGAGAAAGAGGAGGCAACUGUGAUGGGAGGCUGAUCCCAUCACAGCUACAUCUGACUGAACCUGUUUCCAAAAACACUUUGUUUAAUGUUUCACUCUGCUUUCUUUCAGGUUUCUUGGUGCACAUCCUUGUUGUAUUGUGGUAUAAUACAUUUUGUAUUGUAGAUAUGUAGGGAUGUAAAAAUGUUAUGUGAUUACUGUUUUAUCUUUUGUUUUGUGUGAUUUAAGAGCCUUACUUUCUGGGGUCCAAACACAUUAACUGCUGCCUUGGCAGCAGCUAAUUGGGAUCCCUAAUAAAUACAAAUUCAGUUUCUACCCCAUUAAAAAUGAGUAACUUAUAUUGGCAA